CCCUCUUCCCCUCAGCUCCCAAACAAGGUGCUCAGUACCGCUGCUACGGUGCCCAGCGGGAGGCUGGGUAGCUACCGGAGGAGGCAGAGCCGGUCGCACGCCUGGGUCCCAGCGAGGCCCAGUCGACUCUCGACCCGCGCCCCAGCCUCCUUGCGUGGCGAAGGUCGUGCCUCAGGUCUCCUGGCGAACCUGGCCGCCCGGAAGCGGAGCGUGACUCCUCCCCUUCGUCCCCUCGGUGCCCGCCAGGCGGCGCCGUCGGCUGGGCCCGGAUUCCCCUGCGGCUUCGAUCCCUUUCCACUGGGUAUUGAGAUUGGCGAGGGGAGAGGCGCAGAAACGGCCUGUAAGAGAGCCUGACCACCAAUUGGAAUAAGUUUCCCUCGUGACUGUGUUUUUUCAGCAUUAGCAUUUCUUGCCUGUACAUGUGAACGUUGUGCUCUACCCCUCGAAGAUCCUGAUUCAGUAGAUCUGGGGUGGGGCCUCAUGGAACGGCGUCUCCCUCUGUUGUCCAGGCUGGAGCGCAGUGGUGCAAUCUCGGCUCCCUGCAACCUCCGCCUCCCCGAUUCAAGCGAUUCUCCUGCGUCAGCCUCCCCAGUAGCUGAGACUACAGGAUGCAGAAAGCCUCAGUGUUGCUCUUCCUGGCCUGGGUCUGCUUCCUCUUCUACGCUGGCAUUGCCCUCUUCACCAGUGGCUUCCUGCUCACCCGUUUGGAGCUCACCAACCAUAGCAGCUGCCAAGAGCCCCCAGGCCCUGGGUCCCUGCCAUGGGGGAGCCAAGGAAAACCUGGGGCCUGCUGGAUGGCUUCCCGAUUUUCGCGGGUUGUGUUGGUGCUGAUAGAUGCUCUGCGAUUUGACUUCGCCCAGCCCCAGCACUCCCACGUGCCUGGAGAGCCUCCUGUCUCCCUACCCUUCCUGGGCAAACUAAGCUCCUUGCAGAGGAUCCUGGAGAUUCAGCCCCACCAUGCCCGGCUCUACCGAUCUCAGGUUGACCCUCCUACCACUACCAUGCAGCGCCUCAAGGCCCUCACCACUGGCUCACUGCCUACCUUUAUUGAUGCUGGUAGUAACUUCGCCAGCCACGCCAUAGUGGAAGACAAUCUCAUUAAGCAGCUCACCAGUGCAGGAAGGCGUGUAGUCUUCAUGGGAGAUGAUACCUGGAAAGACCUUUUCCCUGGUGCUUUCUCCAAAGCUUUCUUCUUCCCAUCCUUCAAUGUCAGAGACCUAGACACAGUGGACAAUGGCAUCCUGGAACACCUCUACCCCACCAUGGACAGUGGUGAAUGGGACGUGCUGAUUGCUCACUUCCUGGGUGUGGACCACUGUGGCCACAAGCAUGGCCCUCACCACCCUGAAAUGGCCAAGAAACUUAGCCAGAUGGACCAGGUGAUCCAGGGACUUGUGGAGCGUCUGGAGAAUGACACACUGCUGGUAGUGGCUGGGGACCAUGGGAUGACCACAAAUGGAGACCAUGGAGGGGACAGUGAGCUGGAGGUCUCAGCUGCUCUCUUUCUGUAUAGCCCCACAGCACUCUUCCCCAGCACCCCACCAGAGGAGCCAGAGGUGAUUCCUCAAGUUAGCCUUGUGCCCACGCUGGCCCUGCUGCUGGGCCUGCCCAUCCCAUUUGGGAAUAUCGGGGAAGUGAUGGCUGAGCUAUUCUCAGGGGGUGAGGACUCCCAGCCCCACUCCUCUGCUUUAGCCCAAGCCUCAGCUCUCCAUCUCAAUGCUCAGCAGGUGUCCCGAUUUCUUCAUACCUACUCAGCUGCUACUCGGGACCUUCAAGCUAAGGAGCUUCAUCAGCUGCAGAACCUCUUCUCCAAGGCCUCUGCUGACUACCAGUGGCUUCUCCAGAGCCCCAGGGGGGCGGAGGCGACACUGCCGACUGUGAUUGCUGAGCUGCAGCAGUUCCUGCGGGGAGCUCGGGCCAUGUGCAUCGAGUCUUGGGCUCGUUUCUCUCUGGUCCGCAUGGCGGGGGGUACUGCUCUCUUGGCUGCUUCCUGCUUUAUCUGCCUGCUGGCAUCUCAGUGGGCAAUAUCCCCAGGCUUUCCAUUUCGCCCUCUACUGAUACCUGUGGCCUGGGGCCUGGUUGGCGCCAUAGCUUAUGCUGGACUCCUGGGAACUAUUGAGCUGAAGCUAGAUCUAGUGCUUCUAGGGGCUGUGGCUGCAGUGAGUUCAUUCCUGCCUUUUCUGUGGAAAGCCUGGGCUGGCUGGGGGUCCAAGAGGCCCCUGGCAACCCUGUUUCCCAUCCCUGGGCCCGUCCUGUUACUCCUGCUGUUUCGCUUGGCUGUGUUCUUCUCUGAUAGUUUUGUUGUAGCUGAGGCCAGGGCCACCCCCUUCCUUUUGGGCUCAUUCAUCCUGCUCCUGGUUGUCCAGCUUCACUGGGAGGGCCAGCUGCUUCCACCUAAGCUGCUCACAAUGCCCCGCCUUGGCACUUCAGCCACAACAAACCCCCCACGGCACAAUGGUGCAUAUGCCCUGAGGCUUGGAAUUGGGUUGCUUUUAUGUACGAGGCUAGCUGGGCUUUUUCAUCGUUGCCCUGAAGAGACACCUGUUUGCCAAUCCUCUCCCUGGCUGAGUCCUCUGGCAUCCAUGGUGGGUGGUCGAGCCAAGAAUUUGUGGUAUGGAGCUUGUGUGGCGGCGCUGGUGGCCCUGUUAGCUGCUGUGCGCUUGUGGCUUCGCCGCUAUGGUAAUCUCAAGAGCCCUGAGCCACCCAUGCUCUUUGUGCGCUGGGGACUGCCCCUAAUGGCAUUGGGUACUGCUGCCUACUGGGCAUUGGCAUCGGGGGCAGAUGAGGCUCCCCCCCGUCUCCGGGUCCUGGUCUCUGGGGCAUCCAUGGUGCUGCCUCGGGCUGUAGCAGGGCUGGCUGCUUCAGGGCUCGCACUGCUGCUCUGGAAGCCUGUGACGGUGCUGGUGAAGGCUGGGGCAGGCGCUCCAAGGACCAGGACUGUCCUCACUCCCUUCUCAGGCCCCCCCACUUCUCAAGCUGACCUGGAUUAUGUGGUCCCUCAAAUCUACCGACACAUGCAGGAGGAGUUCCGGGGCCGGUUAGAGAGGGCCAAAUCUCAGGGUCCCCUGACUGUGGCUGCUUAUCAGUUGGGGAGUGUCUACUCAGCUGCUAUGGUCACAGCCCUCACCCUGUUGGCCUUCCCACUUCUGCUGUUGCAUGCGGAGCGCAUCAGCCUUGUGUUCCUGCUUCUGUUUCUGCAGAGCUUCCUUCUCCUACAUCUGCUUGCUGCUGGGAUACCCAUCACCACCCCUGGUCCUUUUACUGUGCCAUGGCAGGCAGUCUCGGCUUGGGCCCUCAUGGCCACACAGACCUUCUACUCCACAGGCCACCAGCCUGUCUUUCCAGCCAUCCAUUGGCAUGCAGCCUUCGUGGGAUUCCCAGAGGGUCAUGGCUCCCGUACUUGGCUGCCUGCUUUGCUAGUGGGAGCCAACACCUUUGCCUCCCACCUCCUCUUUGCAGUAGGUUGCCCACUGCUCCUGCUCUGGCCUUUCCUGUGUGAGAGUCAAGGGCUGCGGAAGAGACAGCAGCCCCCAGGGAAUGAAGCUGAUUCCAGAGUCAGACCCGAGGAGGAAGAGGAGCCACUGAUGGAGAUGCGGCUCCGGGAUGGGCCUCACCACUUCUAUGCAGCACUGCUGCAGCUGGGCCUCAAGUACCUCUUUAUCCUUGGUAUUCAGAUUCUGGCCUGUGCCUUGGCAGCCUCCAUCCUUCGCAGGCAUCUCAUGGUCUGGAAAGUGUUUGCCCCUAAGUUCAUUUUUGAGGCGGUGGGCUUCGUUGUGAGCAGCGUGGGACUUCUCCUGGGCAUAGCUUUGGUGAUGAGAGUGGAUGGUGCUGUGAGCUCCUGGUUCAGGCAGCUAUUUCUGGCCCAGCAGAGGUAGCCUAGGCUGUGAUUACUGGCACUUGGCUACAGAGAGUGCUGGAGAACAGUGUAGCCUGGCCGUACAGGUACUGGAUGAUCUGCAAGACAGGCUCAGCCCUACCUCUUACUACCAUGCAGCCAGGGGCCGCUGGCUUCCAGGACUUCAUCAUUCUAUAAUUCAGGACCACAGUGCAGUAGGAUCCCUAACUCCUGAGUUGGAUGCAUCUGAGGGACAAGGAGGGUGGUCUCCGAAGUGGAAUAAAAUAGGCCGGGCGUGGUGGCUUGCACCUAUAAUCCCAGCACUUUGGGAGGCAGAGGCGGGAGGAUUGCUUGGUCCCGGGAGUUCAAGACCAGCCUGUGGAACGUAACAAGACCCCGUCUCUACUAUUUAAAAAAAAGUGGAAUAAAAUGAUAAUAUAAU